ACAUUUAUCUCACGAGGGCGUAGAACGUAGCGCAAGGUGCGUAUAUGAGCUCGUUAUCUGGCAGUCACCUGGAUAUGUUUCACGUUCACACCUGAACGUCGAUUUCGACGAUUUCCAAUGAUGCUUCUCAUCUGCAUAUUCUUCCUUUUCUGCGCGCUUGCUGGUUAUUCCACCUGUCAGGAGAAUACGGGGCAUACCUUUGCGUUGGUCGGCGAGAAAUGCCAAAGGGACAUCGAUUGUAUCGCAAACGCAUUUUGUCGCUGGCAGCAGACCUGCUCGUGCGAUCCUUAUUACUCACCAAGUCCCGAUAAAUCAAUGUGCAUCGCCACCGUUGGAUUGAGCUGCGAAAAUAACAUAGCGUGUCAAACGAUGGCAAAUGGUGAAUGCAGACAAGGCACGUGUGCUUGUAAAGAUGAUUUCUUUUUAGACAGCGGUAAUUCUUCAAAUUGCAUUAGCCGACCUGCUAAGAUUGGCGAUCGCUGCCAAGUAAACACGGUGUGUCAAGAGAGCUUCAAUUUCGCAAUGUGCAUCAACGAAAAAUGCGAGUGUUAUACGGGAUAUCAUUUUGUAAACCAAACAAGAAACUGCAUUCUGAGCCGAGAUUUGUACAAUAGUUGUGAUGAUGACUAUGAAUGCUAUAUAAAAGACAUGACUCUGGAUACGCUGAAAUGUGACAAUCAUCAAUGUGUGUGUAAAGAAGGGGAGUCGUGUGCCAAAGGCUCGCUGAUCACGGCUGCCGGAACACUCGUCACAAUGUCGUGGUUGCUACAACGAAUCGCUCAAUAGCGAUUAACAAAUAUAAAUUAUUCAAUUGUGUUUUAAUUAGUUUUACAAUACCAUUAUUGACACACAAGAUUAA